AUGGGCUACACCGACAGAGCACAAAAGAGCUUCAUUGCAGAGUGCAAUGCUUUGAGAAAUGUGCGGCAUCGCAAUCUAGUUCCUAUCUUAACGGCAUGCUCAAGCAUUGAUUCAAGUGGAAAUGACUUCAAAGCAUUGGUUUAUAAAUACAUGCCACGAGGAGACUUGCAUAAAUUACUGUACUCAACUCCGCGUGAUGAAAGAUCUUCAGAUCUGUGCUAUGUUUCACUGGCUCAAAGGUUAAACAUUGCGGUUGACGUGUCUGAUGCAUUGGCAUAUCUACACCACAAUAAUCAAGGAACAAUUAUUCACUGUGAUCUCAAGCCUAGCAACAUUCUUUUGGAUGACAAUAUGACAGCUCAUGUUGGAGACUUUGGACUUGCAAGGUUCAGAGUUGACUCCAGAACAACCUUUGGCAACUCAAAUUCAACUUCUUCGUUUGCGAUAAAUGGAACCAUUGGAUAUGUUGCUCCAGAAUGUGCCAUGGGUGGUCAAGUUUCAACUGCUGCAGAUGUAUACAGCUUUGGAGUUGUUCUCCUUGAACUAUUCAUAAGGAGGAGACCAACAGAUGACAUGUUCAAGGAUGGAUUGAGCAUUGCAAAAUACACAGAGAUGAACAUCCCAGAUAAGAUACUGCAGAUCGUUGAUCCUCAGCUGGUACAUGAAUCGGGCCUCUCCCAAGAAAAUGAAGCACGCUGCCUUCUUUCUGUACUGAACAUUGGACUCUGCUGCACCAAGUCAGCCCCGACUGAGCGUAUCAGCAUGCAGGAGGCGGCUGCGAAGCUAAAUGCAAUCAGGGAUUCAUUUCAAAGAUGA